AUGAGUUCGUAUAUUUCAGAUAUUGCGACCUCCAAUUCAAGGAUUGAAGGUACUAUCCUAAAUGCUACUUCAACACAUGAUUCUAUCACUUUUACGUUUUUCAUUGAAGAAGCUUCAUCAAAAAAACCCUUUAAAGUUUGUUUUAAUAAUUUAUUUUUAAGAGAUGCUUCACGUUCUCCAACUUCAGUUGAUGCAAAGACUGGACAAAAACUUUUCACUACAGGCCAAUUAGCUUUAAAAAAAAUUCAUACGAUUCCAAAUGUGAUUAAAAUUUCAAAAGAUGCACAAUCUGUUAAUAUUACUUGGAAAGAUGGAGAUUCUUAUGACUACCCAUUAGAUUUCUUAUUUAGAUACAAAGGUUCAACAUUCGCAACAAGAUCCUUAAGAAAUCAAUCUUCAAUGUUUAGACCAAUCAUUUGGAAUAAGACAAGAUUUGAAAAUUCAAUGGAACAUUUUGAAACUGAUUAUUCAAAAUUUAUUAAUGAUGAUAGAUCUUUAUUUGAUGCUUUAAUUAAUUUACAAAGAUAUGGUUUAACUUUAAUUACAAAUUUACCAAAAGAUGAAUCACAAAAUCCUGAAUUAUUAAAAAGUUUAUGUGAAAGAAUUGGUCCAAUUAGAAAAACCGUAUAUGGUGAAACUUUUGAUAUUAAUAACUUAAAAGAAGAUGAUACUCAUAUUUCUUCAACAAAUAUUAAAUUACCAUUUCAUAUGGAUUUACAAUAUAUGCAACAUGUACCGGGUUAUAAAUUUAUUCAAUCAAUUAAAAAUGAAACUAAAGGUGGUGAAAAUUUUUUUGUCGAUGGUUUCAAUAUCGGUCGUUCAAUUAGAGAAGAAGAUACUGAAGCUUAUGAAGCUUUACAAAUCGUUCCUGUAAAUUAUAAAUAUGCUAAAGGUGAUAUGCGUUAUUAUGAAUCCCGUCCUGUGAUUGAACAAAAUGAUACUAGUGAACAUAAUAUUGAACCUGCUAAUUAUGAAUAUUUAAUUAGAAAUGUUAAUUAUUCUCCACCAUUUCAAGCUCCUUUCACUUAUGGUAUUUAUAAUAAAAUUCCAAAGGAUACAGAUUCCGAAUCAACUGAUACAGAUAAUUGUAUAUUAACAGCACCAGGUAAAUUAAUUGAAAGAUUUACUUUUAGCGAUUUCAUUAGAGGUUUAGAAAUGUUUGAAAAUCUAACACAUGAAGAGAAAAAUCAAUUUAUGAUUAAACUACCAGAAAAUUCUUGUAUUAUUAUGAAUAAUAGGAGAAUAUUACAUUCAAGAAAUAAUUUUGAAGCUAAUAAUGAAGGAGAUACAAGAUUAUUUAGAAGUUGUUUCUUAGAUGGUGAUCAUUUUAAGAGUAAAAUGAAAUAUUUAGAAGAAAAAUUUGAACUUUGA